CCCCCACCCCGGUGAGCGGUUGAGCCGCCCUCUCUGGGGGUCUCGGUGCGGGCUGUGCCGCAGUACUUGGUCAGUGUCGGGGCGCGGCGCUGUGCGACAGGUGCCGCGAGACACGUUCUCACAGCUCCCACCAGCGGGCCUGGGCAGGGCGCUUCGGGCCGGACACAGGCUCAGCCUGGCAGCCGGCUGCUUUUCCAAGAAACUUGAGCCCCGCGCGCUGCCGUCCGGGCCCCUCCAAACGAGCCCAGGGGGCUAGCGCAGGCGCAGCGCGCCCGGCUCCGCAGGUCCCGGGCACUCCCGCGGCGGAUCCGAGCAGGCCGGCUCCCGUGCCUGCACCCCACCAUGUCCGCCCUCGCCAAGGCCUCCGGCGUCCUCAAGUCGGUGGACUAUGAAGUGUUUGGCCGGGUGCAGGGGAUUAAAACCUGAAGCUCUAGAAGUGUUCUUCCGCUGUAUUGCUAAGAAGUUACGGCUAGGGAUAGAGAAUCCUUCAAAAGGAUAUAUUCAGAGAAGCAGAAUUACAAGUGUUUGUUUCAGAAUGUACACAGAAGAUGAAGCUAGGAAAAUGGGAGUAGUUGGCUGGGUUAAAAAUACCAGACAAGGGACUGUUACUGGCCAAGUUCAGGGCCCAGAAGAUAAAGUAAAUGCAAUAUUUAAAAGCAAUUUGUACUGUAAGGCUGAAUCAGACUGUACUGUAAACAAUAGAUAACGCAGCUGUUCAUCUGGAAACUGGAUUUAGAAAAUUUCUCAUCUAACUAGAAGGGGUAAAUAUUUUUUCUUUAACCCACAUUGAACAUCUUAAGAUACUAAUUUCAACAGUUAAUAAAUCUCUAACCCCCAUUAACUAGUUUAAAGUUGAGAACUCCCUUAAAUUUUGAGAAUGGAGUAUUUAUAUAAAGCUUUUGCUGAACUUUCGAGUGGCAAAUUUACAAGGCGCAAAUGUCAGUCAGGCUCCUAACUUCCCCUGAAAGCCAUUUGUGCCUUUGAAAAAUCUUCUUUACAGUUGAUACAUUGCUGGGACCCAAUGUAAUGCUUCUGGGUCAUAUUUUCAAAAUAUUCUGGAACCAGUUUGAAGAUGUUCUGUUAGCACUCAUACAGUAGAAUGUAGACCAGUUCAAGGCCCUUACUGCUGCUGCUUGCAGGACAAAGAUUGUCUCUGAAAUAUUGUGUGCAACAGAUAUACUCUUUGCAUAAGUAGUAGUGAGCAACAGUUCAGUCUAAAAUGUUGUUUAUAAAGGAGUGAUUCUUAACCAAAUUUCUAACACAAUAGUUGGAUUCUGACAGUAGUUAGGGUAGUUCUACCGUCGGAAAAAGAGUAGACCUGAGAAGUGUAAGUUACCUCUUUGGGACAUGCUAUAGAUCCUAUCUUUGACCAAGCUGCAUGGGCAUCUAAAGUACCACAUAAAUUGAGUAGCUUUUAUUAAUGUGAACAUUCUAAAUAUGUUUGUCUGAUCAAAUGUGCAUUACUUAGUUGUCUAGAUCACUGAGUUACUUGCUGAGAAACCUGUUACACUGACUGAGACAUAGGUAUGAAUAAGGCUAAGCACUCACUAUAUAUAUCAGAACCAAAUAUAUGGAAACCCUGUCCACAGCCUGCAUGUAUCAAUCUGCAAAGUUUAAAAAACAUAACAAUAAAAAGCAAUUAAGUUGUGCUGCUCUUACAGUGUUUCAGAAAUAUUCCUACUUUCCAUGUUGCUUUUGUGGUAUAAGCUUAAUGUUUUUUUUUUUUCUGAAGUCUGUAGAGUUUCUCCCCAAAGAUGCAGAUUUAGGGAUUCUUUGAUUUUACCAUAACUGCCUGAAGUUAGUGUAGAGCUGGAAACAUAGGAAGAUUGUGAUAGCGAUGCUGAUUCACUAUUUGGAGUUCAGCCUUGGAAGACUCGAAAGAACGAGAGUUUGGGGUCUCUGACUCAUUGACAAUGGUACAUGAUACAGAAAAAGCAAACAAGGAUUCCCACAUUCAGGUUGGAGUUUCUAGCCAAUCCUUGUCUCUGAAGGGCAUAAAGAAUGAGAAUUAGCAAAUACUCCAAUGUGCUAGAGAGAGAACCAGUGGCAAUUUCCUUAGGCAGCCAUGUCCAGAUGAGAAUUUGAUGGUAAAAUGCCUACUUAAAUGUAGGUGUACCUAAAUGGUACUGCUAACUUUAAGUUGUUAGGUUGUACGCACUUGUGUAUACUGUAUUAUAUUACUGUUUGACUGUGUUCUGCUCUUGUUUUAUAAUCCUCCCAUGUUUCUUGCACAUAACUCAUGAAUAAUAAAUCUGAUUUUUUUGGUGUUCAUAUCCCCUUUCUUGGUAUCUGUUGUUUUAUAUUUCUUAGGCCCAGUAAUUAAAUAGGGAGGGAACAAGUCUCUGAUGACCACUUCUGAAUUCUAAAGGAUUAAAGGAGAUAAUCCUUAGCCAGGGACUUAUUUUUAUAAUUCCCAGCAGAAAAAACAAUAUUAAGAUGGAGUUAAAGUUGAGUAACAUAAGGAAAAAAAAUCACAAGAAUGUUAUCAUUAUUCCAAAAACAACCAUUAUAAACACAGGAAAUUCAGAGUUAAAGUUAAAUUGGUAUAAUUGGUACUGGAGUCCAGGCAUCUUGUAUGAGACCAGGUGGAAACUCCUAUC